AUGAAUUGUCCACAGUAGUGUCCCCCUGGGAGCCCCGGACAGAGCACAGAGGGCAAGCACAGGCCCAGUGACAGCGGGAACUGUAGAACUGAGAUGGGUAAUGCAGCUCUCUGCCCAUCUUGUCAUGCGGAUAAGAGUGUAAGAGCACAAGGACACAUGCAGGAAUUGGAUAAAACCCCAGACUACUAUGGCUGUAACAGCGAGGACACCAAAGAACUUGGGGUGUGGUCGGACAGCAAUGCAAGCUUCCUCCGUGCUGCCAGAGCAGGCAACCUGGACAAAGUAGUGGAAUACCUGAAAGGGGGCAUAGACAUCAACACUUGCAAUCAGAAUGGACUCAAUGCUCUCCACCUGGCGGCCAAGGAGGGCCACGUGGGCCUGGUUCAGGAGCUGCUGGGAAGAGGGUCCUCAGUGGAUUCUGCUACUAAGAAGGGAAACACUGCUCUUCACAUUGCGUCUUUGGCUGGACAAGCGGAAGUUGUCAAAGUUCUUGUUAAGGAAGGAGCCAAUAUUAACGCUCAGUCUCAGAAUGGCUUCACUCCUUUAUACAUGGCUGCCCAAGAGAACCACAUUGAUGUUGUAAAAUAUCUGCUUGAAAAUGGAGCUAAUCAGAGCACCGCUACCGAGGAUGGCUUCACGCCACUAGCUGUGGCACUUCAGCAAGGACACAACCAGGCAGUGGCCAUCCUCUUAGAGAAUGAUACCAAAGGGAAAGUGAGGCUGCCAGCUCUGCAUAUUGCAGCUCGGAAAGAUGACACCAAAUCUGCUGCACUCCUGCUUCAGAACGAUCACAAUGCUGACGUACAAUCCAAGAGUGGUUUUACCCCUUUGCACAUUGCUGCCCACUAUGGAAAUGUCAACGUAGCAACUCUUCUUCUAAACCGGGGAGCUGCUGUGGACUUUACAGCUAGGAAUGGAAUCACUCCUCUGCAUGUGGCUUCCAAAAGGGGAAACACAAACAUGGUGAAGCUCUUACUGGAUCGUGGUGGUCAGAUCGAUGCCAAAACUAGGGAUGGGUUGACACCACUUCACUGUGCUGCAAGAAGUGGGCACGAUCAAGUCGCAGAACUUCUGCUGGAACGGGGAGCUCCCUUGCUGGCAAGGACUAAGAAUGGGCUGUCUCCGCUUCACAUGGCUGCACAGGGGGACCAUGUGGAAUGUGUGAAGCACCUGUUACAGCACAAGGCACCUGUUGAUGAUGUCACCCUAGACUACCUGACGGCCCUCCAUGUUGCUGCACACUGUGGCCACUACCGUGUGACCAAACUCCUUCUGGACAAGAGAGCUAAUCCAAACGCCAGAGCCCUGAAUGGUUUUACUCCACUGCACAUUGCCUGCAAGAAAAACCGCAUCAAAGUCAUGGAACUGCUGGUGAAAUAUGGGGCUUCAAUCCAAGCUAUAACAGAGUCUGGCCUCACACCAAUACAUGUGGCUGCCUUCAUGGGCCACUUGAACAUUGUCCUCCUUCUGCUGCAGAACGGAGCCUCUCCAGAUGUCACUAACAUUCGUGGGGAGACAGCAUUGCACAUGGCAGCCCGGGCAGGGCAGGUCGAAGUGGUCCGAUGCCUACUGAGAAAUGGUGCCCUUGUUGAUGCCAGAGCCAGGGAGGAACAGACACCUUUGCACAUUGCCUCUCGCCUGGGUAAGACAGAAAUUGUCCAGCUGCUUCUACAACAUAUGGCUCAUCCAGAUGCAGCCACGACAAAUGGGUACACACCACUGCACAUAUCUGCCAGGGAAGGCCAGGUUGAUGUGGCAUCAGUCCUCUUGGAAGCAGGAGCAGCCCACUCCUUAGCUACCAAGAAGGGUUUUACUCCCCUGCAUGUAGCAGCCAAGUAUGGAAGCCUGGAUGUGGCAAAACUUCUCCUGCAACGCCGUGCUGCCGCAGAUUCUGCAGGGAAGAAUGGCCUUACCCCGCUCCAUGUUGCUGCUCAUUAUGACAACCAGAAGGUGGCACUGCUGCUACUGGAGAAGGGUGCUUCCCCUCAUGCCACUGCUAAGAAUGGCUAUACUCCUUUACAUAUUGCUGCCAAGAAGAAUCAAAUGCAGAUAGCUUCCACACUCCUGAACUAUGGAGCAGAGACUAACAUUGUAACAAAACAGGGAGUGACCCCACUCCACCUGGCCUCACAGGAGGGGCACACAGAUAUGGUCACCUUGCUUCUGGAUAAGGGAGCCAAUAUCCACAUGUCAACUAAGAGUGGACUCACAUCUUUACACCUUGCAGCCCAGGAAGAUAAAGUGAAUGUUGCUGACAUUCUUACUAAGCAUGGGGCUGACCAGGAUGCUCACACGAAGCUUGGUUACACUCCUUUAAUUGUGGCCUGUCACUAUGGAAAUGUGAAAAUGGUCAACUUUCUUCUGAAGCAGGGUGCAAAUGUCAACGCAAAAACCAAGAACGGCUACACGCCUCUGCACCAGGCCGCGCAGCAGGGCCACACGCACAUCAUCAACGUCCUGCUGCAGCACGGGGCCAAGCCCAACGCCACCACCGCGAAUGGCAACACUGCCUUGGCGAUUGCUAAGCGUCUGGGCUACAUCUCCGUGGUCGACACCCUGAAGGUUGUGACGGAAGAGGUGACCACCACCACCACGACUAUCACUGAAAAACACAAGCUAAAUGUUCCUGAGACGAUGACUGAGGUUCUUGAUGUUUCUGAUGAAGAAGCUUUUAAACAGUUUGGUGACUUUAUUGAUGGGGAAGUGCUUAGUGAUUCAGGUGAUGACACGAUGACAGGCGAUGGUGGAGAAUACCUCCGGCCCGAGGAUCUGAAAGAACUGGGUGAUGACUCUCUACCCAGCAGUCAGUUCCUGGAUGGUAUGAAUUACCUGCGAUAUAGCUUGGAGGGAGCUCGCUCCGACAGCCUCCGAUCCUUCAGUUCCGACAGGUCUCACACCCUGAGCCAUGCCUCUUACCUGAGGGACAGUGCCAUGAUUGACGACACAAUGGUCAUCCCCAGUCACCAGGUGUCAACUCUAGCCAAGGAGGCAGAAAGGAAUUCUUACCGUCUCAGCUGGGGCACUGAGAACUUAGACAACGUGGCUCUUUCUUCCAGCCCUAUUCAUUCAGGCCGCUCCUCUCCAUGUCUUGAUCGUGACAACAGCAGUUUCCUGGUUAGUUUUAUGGUGGAUGCUCGAGGUGGUGCUAUGCGAGGAUGCAGACACAAUGGGCUCCGUAUCAUUAUUCCACCUCGGAAAUGUACCGCCCCAACUCGAGUCACCUGCCGUCUGGUCAAACGCCAUAGACUGGCGACAAUGCCUCCAAUGGUGGAAGGAGAAGGCCUGGCCAGUCGCCUGAUCGAAGUCGGACCUUCUGGUGCUCAGUUCCUUGGGCCUGUGAUCGUGGAGAUCCCUCAUUUUGCUGCUCUUCGAGGAAAGGAAAGGGAACUGGUGGUCCUGCGCAGUGAGAAUGGGGACAGCUGGAAAGAGCAUUAUUGUGAAUACACUGAAGACGAAUUGAAUGAAAUCCUUAAUGGCAUGGAUGAAGUGCUGGAUAGCCCGGAAGACCUAGAAAAGAAGCGAAUAUGCCGCAUCAUCACCCGUGACUUCCCACAAUACUUUGCAGUAGUGUCUCGCAUCAAACAGGACAGCAACCUGAUUGGCCCAGAGGGAGGCGUGCUCAGCAGCACGGUGGCCCCCCAGGUACAAGCCGUCUUCCCAGAGGGGGCACUAACCAAGAGGAUCCGUGUAGGCCUCCAGGCUCAACCUAUGCACAGUGAGCUGGUUAAGAAGAUUCUAGGCAACAAAGCUACCUUCAGCCCAAUAGUCACUUUGGAACCUAGAAGAAGAAAAUUCCACAAGCCAAUUACCAUGACCAUUCCUGUCCCAAAGGCUUCAAGUGAUGUCAUGUUGAAUGGUUUUGGGGGGGAUGCACCAACCUUAAGAUUACUGUGCAGCAUAACAGGUGGAACCACCCCAGCACAAUGGGAAGACAUUACUGGAACUACGCCUUUAACAUUUGUCAAUGAAUGUGUUUCCUUUACAACUAAUGUGUCUGCCAGGUUCUGGCUGAUAGAUUGUCGACAAAUCCAGGAAUCUGUUACCUUCGCAUCACAAGUGUAUAGAGAAAUUAUCUGUGUACCGUAUAUGGCCAAAUUUGUUGUGUUUGCCAAAUCACAUGACCCCAUUGAAGCCAGGUUGAGAUGUUUCUGCAUGACUGAUGAUAAAGUGGAUAAAACCCUUGAACAACAGGAAAACUUUGCUGAAGUGGCCAGAAGCAGGGAUGUAGAGGUACUAGAAGGAAAACCCAUCUAUGUUGAUUGUUUUGGCAACCUGGUGCCAUUAACCAAGAGUGGCCAACAUCAUAUAUUCAGUUUUUUUGCCUUCAAAGAAAACCGACUUCCUCUCUUUGUCAAGGUACGUGAUACGACUCAGGAACCUUGCGGGCGACUAUCAUUUAUGAAAGAGCCAAAAUCCACAAGAGGCCUGGUGCAUCAAGCUAUUUGCAAUUUGAAUAUCACCCUGCCAAUUUAUACAAAGGAAUCAGAGUCAGAUCAAGAACAGGAAGACGAGAUCGAUAUGACAUCAGAAAAAAAUGAUGAGACAGAGUCUACAGAAACAUCUGUCCUGAAAAGUCACCUGGUUAAUGAAGUUCCUGUCCUAGCCAGUCCGGACUUGCUCUCUGAAGUUUCUGAGAUGAAACAAGAUUUGAUCAAAAUGACCGCCAUCUUGACCACAGAUGUGUCUGAUAGGGCAGGUUCUAUCAAAGUGAAGGAGCUGGUGAAGGCUGCUGAGGAAGAGCCAGGAGAGCCUUUUGAAAUUGUUGAAAGAGUUAAAGAGGACUUAGAGAAAGUGAAUGAAAUCCUGAGAAGUGGAACCUGCGCGAGAGAUGAAGGCAGUAUGCCAAGGUCUCAGCUGGAGAGAGAGUUAGUGGAAGAGGAGUGGGUGAUUGUCAGUGAUGAGGAAAUAGAGGAGGCUAAGCUAAAAGCACCUUUAGAAGUCACCGAAUACCCGUGCGUAGAGGUUAGACUAGAUAAGGAGAGCAACGUCAAAGUAGAGAAAGACUCAGCUGGGCUAGUGAACUACCUUACUGAGGAUCUAAAGUCCUAUGUGUCUCCUCAUGAAAAGCACCUGCAGACAGCUCAAGAGAGAGCAGGGGAGAAGCGUGAGGCUCCGCCUAUUGGCAGGAGCUCUGAAAAUGAAGGGAAAGAUGCACCCCCAGAGACACAGAGUGCACAGAAGCAACAGAAACCAAGCCUGGGAAUAAAGAAGCCAGUGAGAAGGAAAUUAAAGGAAAAACAGAAACAAAAAGAGGAAAGCGUACAAGGUAGUGCAGAAAAAAGUGAACUUAAAAAAGGUAGUUCAGAAGAGUCAUUAGAGGAAGAUGCAGGUUUAGCCCCUGAGCCUCUUCCCACUGUAAAGGCCACUUCACCUUUGAUAGAAGAAACUCCCAUCGGUUCCAUAAAGGACAAAGUUAAGGCCCUUCAGAAACGAGUGGAAGAUGAACAGAAAGGUCGAAGCAAGUUGCCCGUCAGAGUCAAAGGCAAAGAGGAUGUGCCGAAAAAGAUAACCCACAGGACACAUCCAGCUGCAUCACCCUCUCUGAAGUCAGAGAGGCAUGUACCGGCGUCACCCUCCUCUAAAACAGAACGACACUCUUCUCUUUCCUCCUCUACAAAAACUGAAAGGCACCCUCCCAUAUCACCAUCAAGUAAAACUGAGAAACACUCGCCUGUGUCACCCUCCGCGAAAAUUGAAAGGCACUCCCCCGUGUCAUCAUCAAGUAAGACUGAGAAACACUCACCGGUAUCACCCUCGACAAAAACUGAAAGGCACUCCCCUGUGUCAUCUACAAAAACAGAAAGACACCCACCUGUUUCACCUUCAGGUAAAAUGGACAAACGCCCACCUGUAUCACCUUCUGGGAGAGUGGAGAAACAUGCACCAGUUUCACCUGGGAGAACAGAAAAACGUUUGCCUGUGUCACCAGCUGGACGACUAGAAAAGCAUCCACCUGUAUCAACCUCUGGGAAAACUGACAAGCACUUGCCUGUGUCGCCUUCUGGGAAAAUAGAAAAGCAACCCCCUGUAUCCCCCACCUCAAAAACAGAAAGAAUCGAAGAGACAAUGUCUGUUCGGGAGUUGAUGAAAGCUUUCCAGUCAGGUCAGGACCCAUCCAAACAUAAGACUGGACUCUUUGAGCACAAAUCAGCAAAACAGAAGCAGCCACAAGAAAAAGGCAAAGCUCGAGUAGAAAAAGAAAAGGGUGCUAACCAGAGAGAGACACAGAAAACAGAGAGUCAGACCAUCAAACGAAGCCAGAGAUUUGUGGUAACAGGAGUUUCUGAAUCCAAGAGAGCAGUCCGUGCUUCUUCCGUAGGGUUUAAGAGAGAAGAUGUAGUUGUAGAAAAGGAGAAAGCUCUUAGCCACAAAACACCUGAACCUGUUCAGUCGGCACCAGAAGAAGAAAGCCAUAAAGAAAAUGAAGUUCCCAAAGAAAAGCUGGCUGAUGAACAGGGAGACAUGGAUCUUCAGAUCAGCCCAGAUAGGAAAACCUCCACUGACUUUUCUGAUGUCAUUAAGCAAGAAUUGGAAGACAAUGACAAAUACCAACAAUUCCGAAUGAGUGAGAAGACAGAAGAAGUACAGCUCCAUUUAGAUCAAGUACUCACUAGUCCUUUCAACACAACCUUUCCACUAGAUUACAUGAAAGAUGAAUUUCUUCCGGCUCUGUCUUUACAAAAUGGUGCUUUGGAUGGCAGUCCUGAGAGCCUGAAACCUGAAGGGGUGCCAGGUUCUCCGUGUGGCAGCCUGAUGGAAGGGACCCCUCAGAUUAGUUCGGAAGAAAGCUAUAAGCAUGAGGGCCUAGCAGAGACGCCUGAGACAAGCCCAGAAAGCCUUUCGUUCUCACCAAAGAAAAGUGAGGAGCAAGUUGGGGAAGUAAGUGAAACUACCAAGGUAGAAACACCGGCAGCAGUUCAUUCAGAAAAAGAACAUCCCUCAGUCAAAGACAUCACCGAUGGUUUUGAAGAGCAAGGUGCUGUGGUCACUAAAGGCACAGAGCCCUCAGCGGAGCAUUUGCUGAAGGAGGCCACCCUGGACCCUUCUUCUGAAGACACAUGCCUCAAACGAGAAGAUGAUUCCCUUGGCAGCUGUAGUGUGUUAUUAGCAAAGGAAACACCCAAAGGAUUGACUGAGGAAGCAUCCUCUGAUGAGGCUCAACCAACAGAUAUUGGUUCCGCCCACAAGACACAGACCGAUACUGAAGCUCAGAAAUCCACAACCACUGAGCCCUCAGAUGAGACAGAGGCCUCCCCGCAGCCUAAUGCUUCUGUAAAGACAGGCACAGGAACUGAAUCAAAGCCCCAGGGAGUUGCUAGAAGUCCCCAAGGGUUAGAACUUGCACUCCCUAGCCGAGAUAGUGAGGUCCUCAGCCCCGGUGCUGAUGAAUCGUUUGCAGUGAGCCACAGAGACUCCCUGGAAGCCAGCCCUGUGCUGGAGGAUAACUCCUCACACAAAACUCCAGAUUCUCUGGAGCCCAGUCCUCUGAAAGAAUCCCCUUGCCGUGACUCUCUUGAAAGUAGCCCCGUGGAACCAAAGAUGAAGGCUGGGGUUCUCCCAAGUCACUUUCCUCUCCCUGCAGCCGUAGCCAAAACAGAACUCUUGACAGAAGUGGCCUCUAUGCGGUCCCGGCUGCUCCGAGACCCGGACGGCAGUGCUGAGGACGACAGUCUUGAGCAGACGUCACUGGUAGAGAGCUCAGGGAAGAGCCCCCUUUCUCCUGACACCCCCAGCUCUGAAGAAGUUAGCUAUGAGGUCACACCCAAAGCCACAGAUGCAAGCACACCCAAACCAGCUGUAAUUCAUGAAUGCGCGGAGGAGGAUGACUUGGAAAAUGGGGAGAAAAAGAGAUUCACACCUGAAGAGGAAAUGUUUAAAAUGGUAACCAAAAUAAAAACAUUUGAUGAACUUGAACAAGAAGCAAAGCAGAAAAGGGACUACAAAAAAGAACCCAAGCAAGAAGAAUCUUCUUCGUCCUCUGACCCAGAUGCUGACUGUACAGCAGAUGUGGAGGAAUCAAAACAUACAGAGAGUGUGGAGGAUGAAAGCGAUGUCCCUGUGGUAGUAACAUCAGAGAGCAGAAAGGCUUCUUCCUCCUCAGAGAGUGAACCUGAGUUAGCACAGCUGAAAAAAGGUGCCGACUCAGGCCUCUUACCAGAGCCAGUUAUUCGAGUGCAACCUCCCUCCCCACUUCCAUCCAGCAUCGACUCCAAUUCCAGUCCUGAAGAAGUACAGUUUCAACCUAUUGUUUCCAAACAAUACACUUUCAAAAUGAAUGAAGAUACUCAGGAAGAAUCAGGUAAAUCAGAAGAAGAAAAAGAUCAUGUACCCUGCGUACCUGAGGAGAGUCCUACCAUUUCUCCUGAUGGCCCAGAUAUGUUUGAUGAUGAUCUGGACAGAGAUGCUGCUCAAACAGAAGUCUGUGAUGGCCACGGGUGUGAGACUGGGAGUCCUGGCAGCUCAGUCACUCCCAUAUCUUCAGGUCUCUACAGCUCCCCUAGGGAGGAUACCAAUGAGCAGCAAGUUAUCCAUGAAGAAUCAUUACCUCUGCAAGACACUGAUGAAAAAAUCACAGAAGGAGAAGAGCUUGAUGUUUCUAGAGUAGAAUCUCUACAAGGAGAUUGCCCCAGGGAAAGCCCUUCAUCUUUGUCCUCUUUGCCUCAUAUUCCAAUAUCUGAAGGACAAGAAUUAGAUGAAGCCGUAUUCUCUCCACCUUCUACUACAGAAACGGAGGAUACCAAAACCGACCAAGCUUUUGAAAGCUUACCAAAGGACUCUUCCACUCAAGACUCAUUGACUACUACUCAAACAGACAAAUUGUCCAUGGAUGUUCCAGUGUCUGACCCAGCCGAUACUGAUGAAAUUUACGAUCCUCAAGUAAUAAGCCCUUACGAAAAUGUCCCUUCCCAAUCUUUUUUCUCCAGUGAAGAAAGCAAAACCCAAACAGAGGCAAGACACACAAGUUUUCAGUCUUCAGAAGUACAUUCUGUUACCACCAUAUCCUCUGUUGAAGACGUGGUAAUAACAAGCUCCUCCAAUAGAACUGUUUCAAGCCAAGAAUCUAAUUUUGAGGACCAAAACAUGGAAAAAGAAUCCAAACAAGAAAGCAUCUUGUGGGAAAGGCAAUCAGAUGGAGGCCCUUCAUCUUUAGAGCCUUCUGUACCAAAUACAUCAGCAGUUGUUGGUGAACAAAUAAGCAAAGUCAUCAUCACAAAAACGGAUGUGGAUUCUGAUUCCUGGAGUGAAAUCCGUGAGGAUGAUGAAGCCUUUGAGGCUCGAGUGAAAGAGGAAGAGCAAAAGAUAUUUGGCUUGAUGGUAGACAGACAAUCACAGGGUACCACCCCUGAUACCACUCCUGCAAGGACCCCAACUGAGGAGGGGACCCCAACCAGUGAGCAAAACCCAUUUCUCUUUCAGGAAGGAAAAUUGUUUGAGAUGACCCGAAGUGGUGCCAUUGAUAUGACCAAAAGGUCCUAUGCAGAUGAAAGUUUUCACUUUUUCCAAAUUGGUCAAGAAUCCAGGGAAGAGACUGUCUCUGAAGACAUGAAAGAAGGGAGUCCUGGGGCUGAGCUCCCACAACAGGAAACAUCAGCUGAGUCACUAGCUCUCUUAGAAUCAAAAGAAGCAGUGAGUGAUGAAGCAGACUUACUUCCAGAUGACCUGAGUGAGGAAGUAGAGGAAAUAUCUGCUUCAGAUGCUCAGCUUAACUCCCAUGUGGGGAAUUCAGUCUCUGUUGAAAUAUCAAUGGAAGAGACUCCUUCUGCAGGUGCCGAGGACCCCCCCACCAUGCAAAUGGGUGAUCUGUCUCCUAAGUCUAGUGUGAAAAAUACAUCUUGCCCUGACCCCCCUGAACCAGUUGUACAUGUUCAGUUAGAUUUUCCCACAGUUACCAGGUCUGUGUAUUCAGAUCGGAAUGAUGAUUCUCCUGAUUCUUCCCCAGAGGAACAGAGAUCUGUAAUUGAAAUUCCCACUGCACCCAUGGAGAAUGUGCCUUCUACUGAAAGCAAAUCCAAAAUUCCUGUAAGGACUAUACCCAUGUCAACCCCAGCACCUCCAUCUGUGGAGUAUGAGAAUUCCCUUUCUGAAGAUUUUUUACCCAGCCUGGAUGAGGAAAGUAAAGAGGAUGAAAUAAAACCAAAGUCUAAAAUCCCUGUGAAAGCACCUGUCCAAAGAGUAGAACAGCAGCUUUUGCAUCUAGAUUCAUCUCUCCAGAAAAUAGUGGCUCCUCAGGGUCAGGACAUGACAAGCAGAACACCAGAGAGUAGAAGCAAAUCUGAAUCUGAUGCCAGUCCUUUGGACUCAAAGACCAAAUGUCCAGUAAAAACUAAAAGUUACACUGAGACAGAAACAGAGAGCACAGAGGGGGAUGAGGAGCUUGAGUUAGAAUCAGAAGAGGGGGCCACAAGACCAAAGAUAUUUACAUCCCGAUUGCCAGUUAAGAGCAAAAGCACCACAUCUUCCUGCAAGGGGGCUGUGAGCCCCACAAAAGAAAGUAAGGAGCAUUUCUUUGACCUUUACAGGAACUCCAUAGAAUUCUUUGAGGAGAUUAGUGAUGAGGCUUCCAAGUUAGUGGAUAGACUUACACAGUCAGAAAGGGAGCAAGAAUUGGUUUCAGAUGAUGAAAGUAGUAGUGCCCUGGAAGUUUCAGUAAUUGAAAAUCUGCCACCUGUUGAGACCGAGCAUUCAAUUCCUGAGGACAUCUUUGACACAAGGCCUAUUUGGGAUGAGUCCAUUGAGACUCUGAUUGAACGCAUCCCUGAUGAAAAUGGCCAUGACCAUGCUGAAGAUCAACAGGAUGAGCAGGAACGGAUCGAGGAGAGGCUGGCAUAUAUUGCUGAUCACCUUGGCUUCAGCUGGACAGAAUUAGCAAGAGAACUGGAUUUCACUGAGGAACAAAUUCAUCAAAUUCGAAUUGAGAACCCUAAUUCUCUCCAAGACCAGAGUCAUGCGCUUUUGAAGUACUGGCUAGAAAGGGAUGGCAAACAUGCUACAGAUACCAAUCUCAUUGAAUGUCUUACUAAGAUCAACCGAAUGGAUAUUGUUCAUCUCAUGGAGGCCAGCACAGAGCCUCUCCAGGAGCGCAUCACUCAUAGCUAUGCAGAAAUUGAACAGACAAUUGCACUGGAUCAUAGUGAAGGCUUCUCAGUACUUCAGGAGGAGCUAAACACUGCACAGCACAAGCAGAAAGAGGAGCAAGCUGCUUCUAAAGAAAGCGAGUCCUGUGAUCACCCUCCCAUUGUCUCAGAGGAAGACAUUUCUGUUGGGUAUUCCACUUUUCAGGAUUGCAUCCCCAAAGCUGAGGGAGACAGCUCGGCAACAGAGCUCUUUCCCCAAACUCACAAGGAGCAAGUUCAACAGGAUUUCUCAGGGAAAACGCAAGGCCUGCCUGAAGAGUCAUCUCUUGAAUGUCAGCAAGAGUACUUUGUGACAACCCCAGGGACGGAAGUGUCAGAGACUCAAAAGCCUACAGCUGAAUCUGCCUCUCCCAGCAAGACACCUGAAGAAAUCAGGACCCCUCCUGAGGAGGAGAGGCCAUACCUCCAGACCCCAACAUCUAGCGAGCACGGAGAUUCUCCUAUCAUACAAGAACCCGAAGAGCCCCCAGAACGUGGGGAGGAGAGUCCUCGGAAAACCAGCCUGGUGAUAGUGGAAUCUGCUGAUGACCAGUCACAGAUACUUGAAAGACUUGAUGAAGAUGCAGCUUUCCAUAAGGAGCUAACAGAGGAAUUAGGUGAGCUGGAGGCCAGCUCAGAUGAGGAGGCGAUGGUAACUACCAGGGUUGUCCGCCGACGAGUGAUUAUUCAGGGAGAUGAUAUGCCUGACAUACCCCCAGAAACAGUCACAGAAGAAGAAUACAUUGAUGAGCACGGACACACUGUGGUAAAGAAGGUCACUAGAAAAAUCAUUAGGCGGUAUGUAUCCUCUGAUGGCACAGAGAAAGAGGAGGUUACGAUGCAGGGAACGGCACAGGGACCCAUCAGCAUUGAGGAAGGAGAUGGCUAUUCCAAAGUCAUGAAGCGCAUUGUAUUAAAGAGUGACAUCGAACAGUCAGAGGUAACUUUGUCUGAGCCCAGCAUUUUGUCCAGUACUUCACAAUUUCAGGCUGAACCAGUGGAAGGCCGUAGAGUCAGCAAAGUUGUUAAAACAACUGUGGUACAUGGAGAGAGGAUGGAGAAACAUCUGGGUGAUUCUAGUUUAGCCACUGAUCUUCCUUCAGCCAAAGAUGACUUUGAAGAGGCUUUGAGUUAUACAGGUAGCCACAUGAAAGUGCACCUCCCCAGUUUAGUAGAGAAUGAAAUCCUGAAAGAGGAUGGAUCAAUAAUUAAAAGGACAACAAUGAGUAAAGCCAGUACACAGAAGAGGGCUGUGGUGAAGGACCAGCAUGGAAAACGCAUUUACUUGGAGCACCUGGAGGAUGUACCAGAAGCACUAGACCAAGAUGACCUCCAGCGCGACCUCCAGCAACUCCUUCGGCAUUUCUGCAAGGAGGACUCGAAGCCAGAGGCCAAGUGAGGGGCUGCGCAGUCCUCACACCAGAAACCACACAUUCACUCAAUAUGCAACUUCCCGCGUCAUUAGCAGAGUGACCUAACCGGCCUCAUGGGAUACCCUGACACUUCCACUUUGAGCAAAUACACACCGCAUUUUGUUUCAGUUUUUCCCCGUCCUCUCUCUGACUGUAAGCUAAUUUGUGACCAAAGAUAGCAUCCUUCAGACUGGAUGCUGUAUCCACUACUUUGUUGUGUCUGUGCUAAACUGGGAACUGGCCACCUCCAUUGUUCUUUGCUCCUGCACAAGCUCCAUGAAAAUCCAUCGAUCAGAAGAACUUCACCUACAGACCUCUUCAAGUGAUGCUAUCUAGGAGUCCUUCCAGGGGAUAUCCUUAUACCAUGUAUAUAGCUAAAAUGCUCAGAUGAACAACAUAUUAAAAUUAAAACCACUGCCUAUCCUAACUACACUGGGCAUCAUGGAAUAAAAGGCCUCUAGAAAUUGCUGAACAAUGGUUAAUUAAGAUAUUGCUAACACAAUCGAAUAAUACAGUUCUACUGCAAAAGAAGCACUUCAGACCUACCAUGUCCUUAGAACUUCCAGAGUAGCCAUUGCUCCUAGUUAAAGAUGGGUUGAUAACCUCAAGGAACUAUCCUAACUAAGCACUUACUGCUGGUGCUGGCCAGCCUUGAUUUAGGAUUCUCCCAACAGCCACUAUGAGGGAGGGGAGAAGGGGAGCAGACGGCUAAAGGAAGGAAUCAAUGAGGUAUUCAGCUGCUAGCAGCCACAGCUGGUGGCGUUCUAGCAUCUUCAGGUCUUUUAGAUUUUGGACACAUUGGCAGGGUAUUUUAAAAGCUAUAACUACUGUAGUUUUCCAGUUUUCAUUGCUGCUUUAGCAAACCACGCUGUCUUAUUGGUGGUACUUUCUUCUGGCCACUGCACUGUAGAUAAUUCAUUGGAAACAAGAUUUACCCUCUACGCAAAAGGUUAAACUCCUUCACCAUGUUGGAGUGGUUCCCCUCCCCUGACCCCCCGCCCGGGUUUAUAUCUUCUCUAAUACCUGCAUGUAGCAUUUAAAAAUCAAAACCACAGUCAAAACUCCUCUUCUGAUCACACUGAUGGUUUUCAUUCUUUUGACCCUGAGCAAGCACUUUUCACUUUUCCGCUAGGUCUGUUUUUUAGCUUGCAGACAAGGUUGAGAAAUCCUUACCAAUUUGGUUUUGGUUAAAAUUUUUGAUUUAUUUAUUUGAAAUCCAAACUCCCUUGGAAACUCUGAAGUGCAUUUGUGCACUUUUUUGUUUCAAAGAAGGAACUUUAAUCAUCUGAGUGAUUUCCAUGUCCUAUUCCUUAUUCCUCUAGUGGUUGAAGCUGUGUAGCAUUUUAACAUAUAUAUAUAUUCACAAAUAUAUUCAUAUAAACAGUAUACAUUUCGAAUCAGUUAUUUGUUAAAGAAAAGUAUAUUCAAUGAAGAUGAAAUUAAAAAAAAAAAAGAGUCUAUCCUCCAGGGAUUGAACAUUUUCCAAUUCUAUCUGGUCUUUUCCUGUUGUGCAAAAAUGACUCAUUGCUCCGAAUGUCAAAAACAAAUGUGACAAACAAUGGCACUUCAUCAUUUAAAGUAAUGUUGCCAAGGGAGAAAAUUUCCUGGGAGGGAGGUUUCCCACAAGCCAAAUCUCUUAAGCCUCAAAUGCUAGCACUUUUUGGCAGUUGGAUAGGAAAUAAAGCUUUCUUUGGCAGCCAAAAUGAGAGCGGCUCAUGGUGAAACUUUUUGAGACACGCCAUGGCCUUCUUGUCAAAACCUUCACUGGAGCUCAAGAAAAGCAUUUCUGUUGUGUUAUUUGCAGUGCAGAUGAUGUCUGUGUAACAACAUAAUGGUUAUUCACCUUUUUUUGAUUUUUGAUUUUUGCUGUGUAAUCAAAAAACUUGAAUACUGUGAGAAGAAGUGAAUUUUCAGUUGAUGAAUCAGCAUCUUGUUCCCAUGGUGAUAACACUAAUUGAAUAUAUCUAUGAGGGCAUGUAUUAGUUAAUGGAAAAAAAAAUACAACACUAACAAUACAUAGCUGCAAUGUGUACAAUGGCUGAUUUAAUUAAAUAAAAUGUACAAGUGUUAAAUGUG